UUGUCUGUUAAAUGACUAGCUUUUAAAUACAUGAGGAGGUAGAGCUUCCUUUAUACACUUCUCAGUGUUCGACUCUCGCUCGGAGUCACCCGCUUGAUAUAGUUUCGUCAAACCUUCGUAUAAACUAAAUCGCGGAAAGGACAAUGGUGGUUGAUGAAGUUUGCUUAGUUUAUAACUGGUACCGCGUAGGAACUAAAUUUAUUCGUUUAACAGUAAAUAUUGUGAUUAAACACUUCGUUGUAAUAAAUAAUUAAGAGAUAUGGAGUGUCAAAAGAACAUACGGAUAGAUUUGACGGGCGAAGCUGAGGCAGAGACGGAAAGCGAGAAUAAAACCGAAAUUCCAACCCUUUCAGGGAGUGUUGAUGCUAGAGAAAGAGUGUGCGGGACUAACAGUAAGGUUUUUUCUCCUAGAAAAGAGAAGAAACACAACAAAAAGUUCACGUUCAAACAAAAAGUAGCCCUCAUGAUGUUGGGUGCUGCGGAUUUCAUGAGUUUCUGCUCAAUGUCCAUCAUGGCCCCCUUUUACCCCAAGGAAGCUGCCAGCAAGGGAAUGACGGAGUCGAUGGCUGGAUACAUUUUCGGAUUUUACGCUUUAGUUGUGUUCAUAUCAUGUCCGGUUUUCGGGAAAAUUCUACCAAAACUAGGAGUGAAGUUUUCAUUCAUAGGGGGAUUGCUUGUGUCUGGAGUGUGCAGUGUUAUUUUUGGGAUGCUACACACAGUACAAGAUUACACCCUUUUUACAACGUUGUCCUUUACGAUAAGAGGGUUUGGCGCUCUAGGGGCUGGUAUAUAUUCCACGGCUGCCUACGUCAUUAUAAUUAAUAUUUUUCCGGAUAAUGCAGGCGCUGUAAGGGGGCUACUAGAGACCUUCGUAGGACUUGGAAUGAGCGCAGGCCCUGGGAUAGGUGGAAUAUUGUUUGCGGUAAGCAUUAAUUUUUUGUUGAUGAGUUUAAAAACUAUAUUACAACAAUAUAGAUCGAGGCCGAUCUGUUUCGAGGUGGAU